UCCCAGAGGCUGAACAACUCAACCUUCUCUGCACAGUGGGUGAGUCUCCCCAUUGGGAACAUCUUAAUAUUCUCCUAUCGAUUCUUUGUUUUGAUGGAGACCUCUUUGCUAUGCAAUAAAUAUAUUUAUUUUAAAGGCAAUAAUAACUUUUGUUUAAGGUGACCUUAUACAUAUUUUGACUUUCCACUCAGAUCACAGCUGUGGAACUUGGGAUCAGAAAAGGGGAGUGAUUUCUGUAAAGGCUCGUUAAGUUAGCAAGACAAUCUACCCACUUCAAGAGUACUCUCCUGUCAACAUGUAUUGGAAAUUUUUAAUUUAGAGGGCAUUACAUUGGCAAUUUUGAUGAUCAAAAGAUAAGUUUUUCUUUAUUCCACGGAUGUAUAAUCCAUCAGAAAACAUAUACUUGACUAAAAUUUGCAAACAUGGGGAGUGAUUAGUAGAGAGGGAAAGCAGGUACCAUGCUGUGGCAAAACAAGGAAGGGCCAUGAGAGAUGGGCAUGUGUGGGGAGGCAGCAAUGAUGUGGAGAGCCUGCCAGAGAGCAUGUGCAGUGGACACAGGGUGAACGGAGGUUCCCAGGUGGAUUGUUGGAGCCUAAGGGGGAAGUUUAGAUAAGAGUUUUCCUGGGAGAACUAUGGUACUCUAUGAGGAGGACAUGAGUGAGUAGAUUCUAGACUGCUGACGUUACAAUCUUUCCAAAUCAUUGAAAAACUGAGGUGUCACAUCAAUCUUCAGCCGAUGACACACAGCCAAGAGUGGUAUUAAAAGUGAUUUAAUCAGGGCAGAGCAAGAAACAUGAAUUUCUUUUCACUCGAUUCCUCAGAUGAACCCUGAGCAGCUGAAGACCAGAAAAGCCACUAAGACUUUCUGCUUAAUUCAGGGGCUUAGAGGAUUCUUCAAAGAGUGUGUAAGCGAAAGCUUCAGAGUAUAUAUUUGCAUAUUUGUAUGUGUUUUCAUGUUGUACGUAGGUUUUGAGAUGUAACAGGAAGAAAAGAAGCAUAGAGAAAGGCUCCACUUAAAGGAUGUGGAAGAAGUCAACUUUACCUUAUUCCCUGGAAGAUAUGUAGGGAUCAUCAAAGCAUCCCAUGAUCUCAAAUUCAGGGAAAAAGAAAGAAAAGAGGCUCUCAGUUCUGAAGGAGAAUGAAAUGAGAGAUAUUUGUCAUUAAACUGGGCUUCAUUCCUAUUUAAUCAAAGCACUGAAUCAGCUGUUUUGUCUCUAGGUCCAGCAUCCUUUGAAGCAUGAGUUCUUACCAGGAGAAGCAGACCUUUACCCCACCACCUCAGCUUCAACAGCAGCAGGUGAAACAACCCAGCCAGCCUCCACCUCAGGAACCAUUUGUUCCCAUAACCAAGGAGCCAUGCCACCCAAAGGUUCCACAACCUGGAAACACAAAGAUUCCAGAGCCAGAUUGUUACACCAAAGUUCCUGAGCCAGGCUACACAAAGGUACCAGAGCCUCAUCCUUCAACGGUCACUCCAGGCCCAGCUCAGCAGAAGACCAAGCAGAAGUAA